CGCUGCGCGCGCGCCGCACAUAUUUGGUACUAUUUGGAAAGCUUCACGAUUAGAAAAGCUUUAAAAUUCUUUCAUCAAAAUAAUUACCAAAGAAUCAAGUGUAUAUUAAGUAAAUCGAUCCACCUCGACAUGAAGCCAACGCUUGUGGCUGAUGAAAUGUUUCCCGAAGGAGCUGGACCUUACGUUGAAUUAGAGGAGGUUGGAGGUAGUAGACUAUUAGUGGAUCUUACGGCUAGCGAGAAAGCUGUUCAUUCAGAAUUUUUUAAUGAUUUUGAUGAUCUUUACGAUGAUGAUGAUUUGGAGUAAAGCAGCAUUUCUAGGAAGUUUAACUACACAGUGCUUUUGUAUAGAUUGCAAUUAACUUAGCAUCGAAGCAGAAAAUUCCUUGUUUUCAUAAAUCCAUGCAAAAUAUGGGUAUAGCAGAAUCAAAGGACAUCAUAUGUCAUCAGUUGCGUUCAACAGAAGAUAGCAUUUUAUAUUUUACAAUUAUCAGCAAAUGAUCUAUGACUUUUCUUUUAUCAUACUUGCUGAUGCUGCAUGUAGCUCAUCAUUUCUUUUUCAGCAUUAUAAUCUAUACAUAUUGUACCAUUACUUUUGAUACUUUGAAUAAAUAUAAAAUAUAACCUAAUAAUAUUUUGUAGUGUGUGUGUGUGUGUGUGUGUGUGUGUAAUGUGUUAACGCGUAAUAAUACCAUGCUUUCAAUAUAUUGAAACAAUCAAGUGUUAAAAAAAAUUAUGUAACAGUUGCAAAGUUCUUGCUGUUGAACGCAGCUAUUAAAUGUAUUCUAUGUGUUUAUACUUGUUUGUAUAUAUAAUAGAUAUGAAAAAAUGUUUCGUUUUUAAAGUUUGCUGUAAAAAAUUACUGCAAACCCUUACAUACAGUAUUGUUAUUCAAUACAUAUCCUUUCCUCUCAAAAGACUAACCACAAACUACAAACUUCAUAUUGUAACAUUAUUACAAUUUAUUUGUAUUUUUAAUUCGAGUCAAAUGUGCGCCUGCAUCUAUCAUACGUCAUUUUACUGUUUACCACAGACAAUUGUUAUUAUAAACGUGCCAUAAGAAAAUGAGUACUGG